AUGGCAGCUCUCUCAAUAGUUCAUUCUCUCCAUGGUAGUUAUAGUUCAAUUCAAGAACUGAAAACCAGAAACUGCCCGAGAAUCCUCAUUCUUUUGUCUUGCCAAAGAGGCGAGCCAAUAGACACCUCCAGCUCAAAACCAAAGAAAGAAAUCAAGCAAGACAAGCAACUGGUGAGGCAACUCUUUGGUAGUGUAGAGAACUUUGGGAAGGGAUUGAAGGACAAUUUGAGCCCUAAGCGGAAGGGUGACUGGAAAGACGUGAUGCUGAUGAGUUUGUCAUUUGCUGUUUAUGUGUACAUGUCCCAAAAGAUUGUCUGUGCAUAUUGUGCUUGGAUGUCCAUGCUCAAGCAAUGGUAG